CCAUUAUUAAUAGUUAAAGCGUCGCGUAGUAUAGAACGUAGUAGGAAAGCUGAAUUGGAGAGUUUGGACGAAGUUUAAUUUUGAUUAGUUUAUGGCUUGAAAUGGUGAGUUGUAAACAGAGUUUAUGUGUUUUCAAACACGGUCGUUUUCGUAAGUCAUCCUGAACUUAUUUUUAUCCAACGUGAGGUUCAAGAAAUGAUGAUUCAAGAUGAUGAUGGGUGAUCAGUUUCGAAAAGUGGACCAAUAUUCACCUAAGUCUUCGCCAAGAGGGGCUAGGUCCCCUGUUGUUUCACGUCAAGAUUCUACAGGAACUCUCAAAACGACGAUUUCACUUGGGAAGAACCCCUCUAUCGUCCACAGUGGACCUUUCUAUUUAAUGAAAGAGCCUCCAGGGGAGAGCGAACUCACUGGGGCUGUAAAUUUGAUGGCCUGUUAUGGCCUCGAGCAUACAUAUAGUAAAUUUAGUGGUAAGAAAGUCAAAGAGCAGCUGUCGUCAUUCCUUCCCAACCUUCCAGGCAUUAUAGAUACACCUGGCCAUCAGGAUAACAGGUAAUCAAAAUUUUGUGCC